ACAGGUAGAAAGAGACGGUUCAAGUCACCACCAGGGAAAGUGUAUGCAGAAGAGCUCUCAGCGCCCAGGAAGCCCACACAGACACCAGGGGGAGCCAGACAUUCAGACAGAGAACGAGCGGAUGGUGAUAAAAGCAUCAAAUUAUCUAAGGAAACUCCAAAGCAGAAACUAGACUCAGCAGAAAAUAUAAACGGAAGCAAGAGGCCGCCAAGGACACCCAAGGAAAAGGUCCAAUGUCUAGAAGACCUGGCUGGCUUCAAAGAGCUCUUCCAAACCCCAGAUCAUGCCAAGGAACCAAGGGCUGUUGUCAAAACUCCCCAAACGCUCUGCAUGUCCUCCCAACCACAGCUAAUUGUCACACCAACCAAUAGGAAGAGAUGGCUCAAGACACCUCUGGGGAAAGCAGAUGUAGAGACAGAGCUCUCAGCAUGCAGAAUGACACAGACACCAGGGGAAACUAGGCACUCAGAGGGAGAACCAGUAGAUGAUGGUAAAAGCAUCAAAUUGUUUCAGGAAACUCCACAUCAGAAACUGGACUCAUCAGAAAAUGUAAGUGGAAGUAAGAGGCGGCCAAGGACACCCAAGGGAAAGGCCCCACCGCUGGAAGACCUGGCUGGCCUCAAAGAGCUCUUCCAAACCCCAGAUCAUGCCAAGGAACCAACGACUGAUGACAGACCCACCAACAUACCUCGUCAAUCUCCACAACCAGAACCAGCCAACACACCAAGUAGAAGGGGACGUCUCAAGACACCUUCCCAGAAAGUGGAUGUGCAGGAAGAUGUCUCAGCUCUCAGGAAGCCUCAACAAACACCAGGGGAAACCACACACUCACACAGAGAACCAGAGGGUGCUGCCAGAGGCAUUGCAGUGUCUCGGGAAGCUCCAGCAGAGAAACUGGACCCUACAGAAAAUGUAACUAGAAGCAAGAGGCGGCCGAGAACACCAAGGAAAACGGCCCCACCCCUGGAAGACCUGGCUGGCUUCAAAGAGCUCUUC